CGUGGAGAGCGUCGCCGGCGUCGUCUCCAGACGCAAUGUCGCGAUCGGAAUAACAGUCGCGAUGACGAGCGAAGAAGAGCUGCAUCUCAACGGCGUCGGCAGGACCCAAAUCUAUCAACCCUCCACCGGGGAGAAACACGUCCUGUUCUACCCCACCAGUCCGGCGCCAUCGGUCAACUCGGACGAGAGGAGGAGCUGGUCGCAGGCCUCGUCCUCGCUAGCCACUCAAACACGGAGCAAUCACAGAAAUUCCAAUAAUAACACAGAUACCGGCGCUAGAAUGAAGACAAGUGAAGCGGCGUCACAACCCGACGCGGGGGGACAUCCUUCGGACCCCAACGACGGCUUCCGAGCCAGAUAUAACUUCAGAAUUGGAAUUUAUGGAUGGAGGAAGCGAUGUCUUUAUAUCCUCAUCCUUGUGCUGCUCGUGAUGGUGAUUGUCAAUUUAGCGCUCACGCUGUGGGUCCUCAAAGUUAUGGAAUUCUCAUCGGAAGGCAUGGGUCAACUCAAAAUCGUAAGCGGAGGAUUACGACUCGAAGGCAAAGCGUUCGUCUUGGACACUCUGAUAGCCAGCAGCAUCAAAUCCAGGACCGGACAGCCGAUAAUUGUCGAGUCGAGUAGAAACCUGACGCUGGCAUCGCGGAGCAAGAACGGCCUGAUUAGCAAUAUGAUUUUUCUAGGAGACGACCGCUUCGAGUGCCUGACGAGCACCUUCAAAGUGAUGGACGAUCGAGGAAUGGUGCUUUUUUCGGCGGACCCUCGCGAAGUGGUCGUGGGGGCGGAAAGUCUGAGGGUGACGGGCGAAGGGGGCGCCUCUUUCAGCGGUUCGGUGCAGACGACGCUGGUGCGGGCCGAGCCCGGCAACGACUUGCGCCUGGAGUCCCCAACCCGUUCGUUGGAAAUCCACGGCCCUCAGGGUGUGCACAUCGAGUCUCGUGGCGGCAAAAUGAAAAUCGUCUCUUUAAACGACAUCUCGUUCAAAUCGGAGGUGGGAUCCAUCCAUUUGGACGCCAGUUCGAUCCUUAUGCCGAUGUUGCCCACCGCCAUCCCCACCUCCAAGUCUGCCUCCAACAAAAACCAAAUUUUCCAAGUGUGUGUGUGCAACAACGGCCGCUUAUUUCUAGUCCCAUCUCAUCUGCAUUGUGCCGCAGAGGAAGACGACAGAAUCUGUCGGUAAUCGGACCGACACACCGUGUACAUAGACUGUAUAAAAUGCGCCAAAUUGUUUAUAUUGUACAUAUUUUGUAUAUGAAUAAGAUCUGGAACUGGAUAUAGGACGAUUCGGUUAAGUUUUCUAUUUAUUUACAGCUAGAUCGAGCCUAAUGUGACAUGUUUAGAAAAUAAUAAAUUAUUUCUGUUUGUAA